GGAACAAAGGCUGUACCUGAAGCCAAAAGUGCACUUCGAUUUUUGGACGGCGAAAAUAAAUUAAAAAAAAAGAUUCCUUUCAUCUUAUUAACUAACGGCGGUGGUGUGACAGAAAUAAAAAAAGCCGAGGAAUUGACUCAUUCCCCAAUGCGUCAACUUGUACCUAUGUUUAAAGACUCUGAGGUAUUGAUAAUUGGUGGAGCGGAUUUACAAAUAAUAUUAGAUGUUCUACAAAGUAAAGAUGGUUAUUUCGAAACUUCUUCCAGUCCCCAAGAACUUUUGACGCGUAACUUUCCUUUAUAUUUUUCUAACCCUGAUAUUAUUUGGUCAAAUGAAUGUCUUAUCCCAAGAAUGGCUCAAGGAUCUUUUAGGUUGUGUUUAGAACAUUUGUAUGAG